UUAUUUAAAUUUUAAAUAGUGUUUGUCUCUGAACGGUAUGGUCCGUUUAGCAGUUCUAUUUUAAGAUAAAUAGAUUUAGGUUUCUGGAUAAUAUAAAGAGAAAUGAAUAUAAAAUAUCCUCUCCUCCUUUGACUAAAGCCCUCCCAAAACCUCUCCUCGUCCUCGUCUCCCUUUCUGUAUUCUCAAUCCACAAUGAGCGGCUCCACGCCCUCCCCAAAAUUCGAUAACCUCCUCCUCCACUCCCUCAUGUCCCGUCUCCACCUCCGCACGCCGCCAUCGUCUAUCUCCGCCACCGCCGCUGAAUCCAUCGAAGACCUCCUCUUCUCCGAUUUGCUCCUCAACCUCCACGACUUCGACUCCGAAUCCGAAAACGGGGAUUCUUCCUCUACCAAAACACCACUUGCCAGAGAAGAAUCCAAACUCGAAAAGGAGAUCAUACACACGAUCCUCAGUGGGGAGAUUGAGAGCCUGAAGCCUAAUUCUGGCCAGGCUAUUGCGAUCGGUGAGCAUCAUGUCUGCGUAGGGUUUCAGGAGGAAACCGGAUCGGACUAUCGAGUGUGGGAGUGGCACGGGCAUAUCAUGUUGUUUGAUGAUGAUGAUGGAUAUGCACCGGAGUAUAUUUACGGGAAUUACUUCGAGAGGAUCACCGCCAAUUCGAAGGUAGAAUUGAAGACGAGCGUUAGAAAGGAGACUAGCGAUGACGAGGAGGAGGUCGAGUCUGAAAAGUUGGGAUUGAAAGAACUCAUCAAAUCUGGAGAAUCAGGCAGCGGGCGGAUCCUGCAUCGGAAUUUGAAUACCAAUUCCAGCUCGCCAAGAUAUAUAUAAUCAAACAACACCUUUCUGCUCUGCACUUCCAUCACUCUCAGUUAUCUGUAGCAGAAUAAACAAUCAACUGGGAUAAAGAUGAGAGCACACUCAAUAUUUAUUUGAUCCUCCUGUGUCACCACACAUACAUUCUAGAUUGUCUUGCCUUCAUAGGUUUCCUCAACUUUGACAUAUCUUGCAAAGACAUAAAAGCAUUAAACAAGCAGAAUCCAAAGUUUAACUUUGGCAGCAGCAUUAAUGCAAGUCCAUUACUGCAGGUGACCAUUAACUUUUAUUUCAUAAUGUUGCCCAUUUGCCUGUAUAAUAAUAAUAAUUCAGCAUUACAUGUUUGGUAUUGUUUGAAUCAGUGCAAUCAGCUUGUUUGUCAGCUUUUCCUUGCUUCUUAAAAAAGCCAAUUAUGUGUGAUUGGCUGCUGCUGUUUAAUUACAACGCCUUUGUAAACCAUGCAUAUUAAUGUUCAAGAAUUUCACAGGAUUCAGAUUAA